AGAUCAUAUGACUCGGCUUAUCGACAUCAGAAAAGAGUUUGCCAGAUGUCUUCACGGAUAUAUAGAAGCACUGGAGGGUCAAGUAGACGCUCUGAAAAGGACUCUGAAUACGCUUGAGAAAGACUUUGACGACGCUCCUGAAGAUCCAGAGAAAUUCAUCAGCAAUCCCCUUGCUGCAUUUCAGCUUGUGAGAAAACUGAGUCGGGUCUGGGCCACGACACAGGAACAUCUAGAGGGAAGAAGAAAUACAGAGACUUUAGAAAAGCUGAGGUCCACAGCUCAGACACUCCCCGGUGCAGAUGAUGUUGACGGUGUCGUGAUGGCUCUGGUUCGACUGCAGGAAAUGUACAGAUUAGAUCCAAGAAACAUCUCCUUAUUUUCUCAAGUGAGCCAUAACUUAACACUGGAUCCAGAUGAAACUUUCCACAUCGCCAUGAUCUCCUAUCACAGUCAUCGGUUACAGUAUGCGCUCCUCUGGAUGGAGGAAACCCUCAGGAAACUAGAUGAGGGCGAGGAAGCCAAUGUCACUAAAGACGAAGUGCUUUACCAACUGGCUUCAUUUUCCCAUCAGCUGGCAGUGAUUCAGAUGCCAUCUAGACCAGGUAAAGAUGGUUGUAACGCUGAGAGUGAGAGUGAUGGAGUUCCGUGUGCAGCUUAAUUUUAAGAGAAUCUGGUUGAUCCGGGUGAUCUGGCUGUCUUUUUGUCUUCUGGAUUGUUUCUAGAACCCACUAAUGGGGGUCUGCUUCAUCCUGCGCUUCACAAAAGUUUGAUAGAGAGCAUCAAGACCUGGGAAUGGACUGCAAAAUACAUCCCUCACACUGACACGGAGAACACAUACGAGGCUCUUUGCACAGGAAAAAGAGUUGCGAUGACACCACAGAGAGAGAGAAAACUGGUGUGCAGGUACAGGAGAGGAAGAGGGAACCCGCUGAUGCUCUUCAAAGAGGAAGUGGAGUGGGACCAGCCGAUGAUCCUACGAUACCAUGACUUUCUUUCUGAAGGAGAGAUCGACACCAUCAAAACACUGGCCAGACCCAAGCUUUCCAGAGCUCAGGUCAUUGAUGCAGUCUCUGGGAAAAGGGUUUCUGCUGCGUCCCGUGUGUCACAGAGUGCGUGGCUCUAUGAGGAUGAAGAUCCUGUGGUCACUCAGGUCAACCAGAGAAUCGCUGAUGUCACUGGACUGGAGCUACAGACAGCGGAAAGCCUCCAGAUUGCAAAUUAUGGAAUCGGAGGCCAGUAUGAGCCACAUUACGACUCAAAGUUGACAAAUGACUCAGACUUUCAGCUCAGAGGAGGCCGGAUUGCUACUGUCCUUAUCUAUAUGAGCGACGUGGACAUUGGUGGAGCAACAGUUUUCCCUGAUGUUGGAGCAGCACUUCAGCCGAAGCGAGGUUCAGCAGUGCUGUGGUUUAACCUGCUGAGGAAUGGGAAUGAAGAUAUCCGAACUUUACAUGCAGCAUGUCCUGUGUUUGUAGGCAGUAAAUGGGUGGCCAACAAGUGGAUUCGUACGUAUGGGCAAGAGUUCAGAAGAAAGUGCUCCACAAUCAAAUCUGAUUAAAACACCCAGAUAAGAGAGAGAGAGAAAAUAAAUCAUGCUCCAAGAUGCAGUGAAGAGACAAUGUGAUGUUAUGAAAAAAGUGUGUAUAUUAUUAUUGAUUAUAAGCGUUAAAUAACACAGAUAUUACCAAUAUUAUUCUGCUUGAGAUUGCUGUUUCAUCCACAUUCCUGCUAUUCACAUUUUUGUACUUUUUGUCUUCUGUGUUUAGCGUAUGUUGUUUUGCACACUUAACAAUAAAAUAACAAUAAUUUUG